GCGCGAGCAGUUUGAAAGACAGUUGGUGUUGGUUCGGCUGCUAAGGUCCGAUUUCGCAGUACCUGCCCUGCUCAAUGGCAGACCCUGAGGAGGUGCGAAUUUCUUCGCCGCCCCCGCCGCCUCCUUCCUCUCCCUCGUCUUCAGACGCUUCGUCAGCAUCUUCCCCCGGCGUUCCAGUGAGUUUGGGCUGGCCAGUUGCGAGCAGGAGCAGCGGCCGAACGGUGGACCCUCUGGAGGAAGUAGAGCUGCAGAUUGGAGACGCAGCAUUUUCACUAACCAAACUUCUUGAAGCCACAUCUGCAGUAUCAGCUCAAGUAGAAGAGCUUGCCUUCAAAUGUACAGAAAAUGCACGUUUCCUUAAAACAUGGCGGGACCUCUUGAAAGAAGGCUAUGAUUCUUUGAAACCUGACAACUGAUUUGGCUGUGUAAUACAUACUUCCUCAUUUAUGAUGUUUGAACAUGUACCAUAAGUAUCAGGUUGUCUCCAGCAGUUCUGUGUAUUCAGAAUGAAAAUUUCUGAGUGGUUUUCUCACUUUUGUGGAAAGCAGAAUACCGAUGCUAUUUUGAUGCUGGCCACUAUUUAUCUUUAAAUACUUUCUGUCCUCUAAACUUUCAUAGACUCUUUCAUGAAAGUUAAUUUCAUCAGUAGAUAAUGUUAAUAAUGCUACAGUGUGAUCAAACUGAAAGGCUACACUUCCUGGGCCAUUGGACUCUCUUUGGCAGAUUUGGCAGAAAGUAUAAUGAAGAAUCUUAGGCGGGUGUAUCCAAUUUCCACCAUGAUUAAGGGUCUCUAUGGAAUUAAAGAUGAUGUCUUCCUUAGUGUCCCUUGCAUCCUGGGACAGAAUGGAAUUUCCGAUUUUGUGAAGGUGACUCUGACUCCUGAGGAGGAGGCCCUUUGAAGAAGAGUGCAGAUACACUUUGGGGGAUCCAAAAGGAGCUGCAGUUUUAAAGUUUUCUAAUGUACCACUUCACUGUCUAGACUACAACAGGAUUUUAGUUGGAGGUUGUGUAUAUUGUCCUUAUUAUCUGAUCUGUUAUUCAAGUAAUAUUGAAAUGGCCUAAGAAAAAACAUCAGUUUCCUAAAGUUCCAAAUAGGAAUGGUUCACCAAACCCUGCAGCUGUAUCCUGAUGCUGGAUGAUACCUGUCUUUGUAGCCCUAAAUUGGUUAACGUAAGUUAGCCCCAUUGUCUCAGAGGCUCCACUGCCAGUACUGCAGAGCUGCGGGUGCUCUGCACACCGGAUGUGUGUUUACUGUGUGUUAUGUCACUUCGGGUUCCUUCCCCCAACACCCGACAUGCCUAGUCCAUCUUUUCCAGUCAGUCACGUCCUGGGAUCCAAUGUAUAAAUUCAAUAUUGCAUGUAUUGUGCAUAACUGUCCUAAAGGAUCUUAUUUUGUGUACCAUAUAUGUCAGAAUAUAGUGUACAUGGCCAUAUAAUGUAAAAAGACAAUGCAACCAACUAUCUUAAGUGUCAUACCAACUAAAAUACCAAAUAAAUUUUGAACAGUGACUCUUUUUUGAAAAAAAAAAAUGUUACCAAUAGGAAAAAACAGGUAGACCAUUAUUCUAUUUGAUUUCCAAGAAGAUACCAAGAAUGCCAGAGUUUGAAGUUGAGCUUCAUUUUCUGGACCAAGGGAAGUAACUCUAAGGUUACCAGUGUUGGCCCAGCUCCACUAGGCCAACUUCACUGGAACUAGAGAUUGUGUCUUCUUUAUCUUCGGCACCUAGAACAAUGACAGUGUCACACAACCAGUAAAUGUUUGUUGAAUAAAAGAGUUGACAAUACAAUUGAAAGCUGUCUUUUCUUCCUGUUUUUU